AGUUGAAAGUACCAAAACGUCGUCUUCUCUCGCUGCAUUCAUCAAUCAGGACCCUUCUUAACUGCUGCGUGCAUCAUUUUGCUCACGUUUUUCGGGAAAGGAAAUUCACGUAAAUGUUCGGUUAUUUCUGCGGUAUUAUUUGCGAUUUCAGCUAAUUAGAACCCAUCAGCCCUUUGGCCAACCCGCAGCGGACCAUGGAUGAAGAGGAUGACCCCGUGAUUGAAGAGAUUCCAGUUUAUCUGUCCAAGACCCUGGCGGAGAACCUGUACGUGCUGCAAUAUCCGGUGAAAUCUUCCGCAUCGACGUUUGACGAUGGCCAAGUGGUGAACUGUUGCGUGAAGCCCAUCAACCAACAGGUGAAGGUGGAUUAUGCUUUGAACACGGCCUCCAAGAACUACGAUGCCUUCAAAGGCGAGCAGUUUGCGAUCGCUGCCGAUGGCAAGGACAAGGACCGCCAACAGAAGCCCAGCUUUCGGAGCGGAACGAUGGACAAGCAGUCCUUCCUGAGCUCGAAACCCAUCGAAGACGUAAAUCGGUAUAUGGUUUGUGUGCUGCAGGACCGGGAGAUCCACGCCACUCCGGUCCGGGGCAUCGUCUCGAUGCGGCAGGUGUUUUCCUACUUUGACAAGCAGGACAAGCGGACAAAGGCGGAACAGAAAGCCGAACAGGACGCCGAUGCCGAUGAGGAAGAGCUCAAACAGGUCACGGUCAAAUUCGCUCGAACCGAGAACGAAAAGGUGCGAAAAGCCAGGGAGAAAUCGUUCAACUACAUCUCGAAGAUGGAAUCGGAAGAACCGUGGUGCGAAACGUUCUGGCAUGCCAAGAAGUCCACCACGGCGGAACUGGAGCGGCACAAACUGUUCUGUAGUUCUGCAUCAGCAGCUUCCUCCAGAGACGGGGCGGAGAGCGCCCUCAACGUGGGGACCGCCGAGUAUCUGGACAUGCUGAUUAGCAAGGAAAAAACCGAUAGGAAUAUAGAUUCUAUGCUGCCAAGCCGGGUCGUCUGCAUGCACAAGCUGAAGCAAAUGGCGCUCGUCGAUCAGAUUAAGGUUAUUCUUAAGGAUGCAAAAGUUCUCACGUUCCAGCAGAUCAUGGAACUCCUCCCGGACAGGACACUACCGGCGGAUAAAGUCCUCAGGUCGCUCCCGCUGGCCGGCGUUCUGAUCCGUGGCAACUGGGUAGUCCAAUCGGAGAUCAUCUACCCGGAGGGUAGCGUUUCCAGCACGAACGGAGUGCCGGCCGAGCAGAUGUGCAAAGCACGGGAUUACAUUCUGUUUCGGUUUACCCAGUGCGACAAGCUGGAACGUCAUCAGCUGGCCUUUAUUACCCAGCUGCCGUCGGAGGAGAUCCGCGAGAUCCUGUGCUCGGUUGCGAAGCUGAACAGUGAUCGGACGUGGAGUUUACUGCUGCCACCAAAUGAAGAUUUCUCUGCGAACGAGCAGGAAAUCAGUGAUAGACAGAACGCUUUCUGGACCGCCCGGGCGGACAAGUUCAACGAAAUGGAGAAAUCGACCAAACGGGUGCGGAAAAAGUCCUCUCGAUCGGAAAGCAAGUACGACGUCAAGAUGAGCAAUGGCUAGUAGAAGACUGCAAGGAGUUUCGUUAUGAA